AUGACGCGACCCGCGACGACGAUCGCGCAGCUGAUGCUCAUCCGCGCGUGCCACGGCGAGGCGCUCCGCCGCCACAGCCUCGGCACCGCGCUCGGCUUGCGCACGCGGCGCGGAAUACUCACGGAUAUCCCCGCUAUAGUCGUCUUCGUUCCAAGGAAGGUGCACGAGGAGUGGCUGCUGCCGGCGCAGAAGCUUCCGAGGAAGCUGCAGGGGCCGGGCGGGUACGAGUGUGAUGUGGACGUGGUGGAACUGACCAAUCAGAGCGGCGGCAGCAGCAGCAGCAGCCCGGGCGCUGCGGGCCACGUGGCAGGUGACGUGGCAGGCGCGGUGGGAGUGGCAGCAGACGUAGCUAUUAUAGAUAACCCGCUGGUGGAGCAGCUGAGGGGGAGUGGCAGUAAGAUCGGGCCGGGGUCGCAGAUUGCAAGCGAGGAGGUGUAUGGAACGCUGGGAGCGAUUGUUAAAAAAGCCGGCAGGAGCAACAGCAGUGGCAGCAGUAGCGGUGGCGGUGGCGGCGGCGGCGGCGGCGGCGGCGGUGGCGGUGGCGGCGGCGGCGGCGGCGGCGGCGGUGGCGGCGGUGGCGGCGGCGGUGACCAUGGGAGGACGAGCGGCACUGGUGGGAUGAGCAGCAGUGUUGGUGGGAGCAGUGGUUGUCUUGGGCUAUUGUUCCGCUACAAGCUUUAUUCCUCCCCGUCUCCUCAGCCCCCCCCCCCCCCUUCCCAUACAACCUUCUCCCAACCUCCCUCUUCCCCCACUCCCGCACAUGGCCCAACACAUCUUCCCCUCAUCCCCUUGUCCCCGUUACAAGCAGACUCGUUUGUGCGCACUGACGGCGCGUACGUUUCUUUCCAUGAGGAGUUUGACCUAUCAGUUGUGACAACGCAAGUGGCGGGAAUCGGCCCUAUUGGUCCCCCCCGCCGCAUCGACCUAUCAGACGACAUUUGUAGUGUGGUGGGACAGCACGUGUGGAAGGUGGGCAGCGCAUCAGGGCUAACCCAGGGCACCAUAGCAGCAUAUGCAGUGGAGCACAGAGAGGGAGAGACGUCCCUCUUCACAGACCUCCUUAUUGUGGGCCGGGACGGCCAUGCAUUUGAUUGUGAAGGGGACUCGGGUGCGCUCGUGCUCAUGCUCCCCACUGCAGCAGCACAAUCACCCAUCAUGCUCGCCACUGCUGCACUGUCCGAUUUUCCCUCUAAUGGGGAAGGUGCUGGUGGUUCUGAGGAUGAAGCUGGAAGGGGGAAGAGAGGGCGAGGAAAGGAGAUUGAGGAACCAGAGAGGAAAGAGGAAGAGGAAGGGAAGGAGGGAGGAAAAGAGAGCGUGAGGAGGAGGCAACGAGUGGAAGGGUGA